AUGCUACGUCGGUUCAUAGAGCUAGAGGAGGCAAUACGAGCGACUAUAGCUUUAGUUGACAGGAAUUUGCCCGUUCUCACAGGAGAGGAAUGGAAGACCUGCAAGGAAGUGUGCAACAUAUUGAGCCCAUUCGAAGAAAUGACCAAUUCAAUGAGUGGCGAAAAAUACAUGACAGGAAGCGCCGCGAUUGUGGUCACCCGGUGUCUUAAAGGUGUUUGCGAACGGUUUGCCCGAAAUUCUACCUUCUCUGCAGCGACAGAAAAAGUUGUCAGCUUAUUACGUCGGGGAUUGACUGAUCGAUUUGGAAAUAUAGAAAAAAUUAUCCCGCUGGCGAUUUGCACCCUUCUAGAUUCCAGAUAUAAGCAUCAUGUUUUUCAAGAUGAUUCUGCACUUUCCGCGGCUAAAACUUUUUUGGAGAACUUAACAAUAGAAAUGAUCGAAAAAAACCCAAGUGAGCAACAUAGUGGCGGAUCGUGCACUUCUAGAUCCUCUGUUACCAUUCCUUUCCGAAAUGCACCAAGUGCUUGGGGCAUUUUAGAUGAAAUUAUGGGCGAUAAGCAACCACAAGCAUCUCCAAUAUCACGAGCGAAAAAAGAGAUCGAGAGUUAUUUUCAAGAUGACGUUCUCCCACGUCGGGAUGACGACGGAAAUAGCAGUAAUGUUUUAAAUUGGUGGAAAACAUUCCGGCAUAUUUACCCCAAUUUAGUCAAAAUAUUUCGUAUUAUCUGCAAUAUCGUCGCAACCUCCGUUCCUUGUGAACGUAUAUUUUCAAAAGCUGGUAACCUUAUUAGUGAAAAACGUACCAGGCUACCAUCUGAGAAAAUUGAGUUAAUUUUGUUUUUGAAUGCAAAUUUGGAGUCCUCAGAUCAAUGA